CGGUGAUAUCAGAAUGAUUGUUUGUAUCGUUAUUGAUACAUCUGGUCAUAUGAAUCAGUUGACAGCUUCAAGGCAAUCCAUCAUCACUGUAGCUAAGAAUUCUGCUAUCACAUUAGUUAAUUUAUGCCCCGAUCAGUGUAUGAUUGCCUUGUUCACUGGAAAGAUGCAGAGGAAGGUUAAACUCUAUACCAAAGAGGAGGCAACCAAACUAAUAUUGAAGAUUGAAGCAGUGGAUGUUACAAAUUACCCGAAUUUGAUAACCAAUGCUGUAGAGACGAUGAAUGAGUUUCUGCAAUCUGAAGAAUGCGAUACCUACGGAAGAGGCCGUAUUCGCCAGCUUUCUAUUCCUGUACAAUAUGUUCUUUACGCAUCGCCGCUUUCUUUAAAGUUCAAAGGACCCGAGCAAAUCACCCAUCUCUUUCGUUGGGAUACCCGCUUCACAGCCUUCAUCAUCAAUUCUCCCGUCUAUUACCCCAGCAACGCCAACACGAACACGAACACCCCCCCUACCGCCACCCAUCCGGAUCUCAAAGACACCUUCCUGCACUACCUCUGCACCAGCACAAACAGCCAAGUGAUCGAAGUGUCGCCCGCCUCCGUUCUCCAGCUGAGCAUCCGGCAAUUCCUCGUCCCCUCCCCCGACCCCGACUCCCUGGCGCGCCGCUUGCUCGCUCCCUUGUACCCCUCCAUCCAAAUCCAGCUGAACCCCUCGUUCGUCCAGCAGCAACGCAUCGAUUUCCUCGCGAUCGUCGUUCCGCUCAUAGACACUUCGCUCGAUCCGAAGGCUUCGCGCAGCCAACUCCUCGAUCAGUUCUACGCCAGUCCUCCCGAAUCGCCUCUCUUUUAUUGCUACCCCGAGCAGCGCGACAAGCAGAGCGUGUUCCCUGCGUUCCAGCUUCGCGGCGUGGCGUACAACGAGAAAGAAUCCAUGGAGAAAGCGCUCGCGGAGAGCAAGCUUCCGGUCGAUUCGAUCACAGUCGAUCCGAAUCAGGUCGUCGAAUCCACCAGUCGAGUUCUGGACCUGCUCAUGCGGGCGGUGAAGGAGAUGAAGGAGAAGAAGGAAGUGCCGUUUUUGUUUGGCGAGGACGAGCACGUGUAUGGAAUGAUUCAGCUCGUCGACCAGCAUUCUGUGCAGAUGCUCUUCUUUCCGCCCGACUUCCCGCUGCUUUUGAGUUUUAUCAGGGGUAAUCAGUUUGAGAAAAUCGUGGCGUGGAUUCAGACAAUUCCGUUGCAGUACAUACCGCCCAUCUAUGCAUUUCUGACAAGAAAGAAUAUUCAGCUUCCUUUUCCGUGUCCUGCUCUUCCUCCGAGAAGGAAGAGAUCCGAUAAAUUUUUAAUUUUGGAGAUGGCCGAGCCACUCGAACUCUUGUUCUUUCGAGACUAUCUCCUGCAUCCCGAUCUGGGGGUAAAAUCAGAGGAGGCUCAAACGUUGAAUCUCACCAUUUCCAAGGGAGGGCAGCUAUAUCCGAUGAAAAAGGAAGAAGAAUAUUCAUUUGCCGAGAAGAUCAACUUCUCGAAGAGUUUGGAGAUGGAAGAACAAUUCCGUGAUUACUUAACGGGAGAAGUUCAGUAUGACCCCACUACCAGUCGAACGCAUUAUCGAAGACGCAGCAAAAAGAAGGAUAAUCUGUUUUUCGAUUCUCUAGAUGAUGGCUUCUAUAUCCUUAUAAUCCUUUCUUUUUACAGCUUUCUUCAUUGUACUCGCAGAUGA